AUGUAUGCUUCUGAAACUAAUGCUGCUUCUAUUCCUGAUGGUGGUAAAGAAGCUUAUAUAGUAUUAUUCGGAUCAUUUAUGGGACUAAUUGCUGAUUUUGGAAUUGCUAAUUCAAUGGGUGCUAUUGAAUCAUAUAUUUCAACCCAUCAAUUAAUAUUGGAUAAGAAUGUUAAUGUAUCAUGGAUUUUUUCUUUACAUUUAGGAGUUAUGUAUUUUGGUGGUGUAUUUUUUGGUGAAUUAUUUGAUAGAUAUGGAGCCAAAAGACCAUUGAUGGCUGGAACCGUUUUACUCUGUUGUGGAUUAUUCGCUACCGCUGAAAGUCGUACGUUGUAUCAGUUUAUUUUAUCAUUUAGUAUAUUGACAGCAUUAGGGACUUCAGUGUGUAUGUCUCCAUUAAUUGGAGUAUUAAGUCAUUGGUUUUUAAAGAAAAGAGCUAUGGCAUGUUCAAUUGCCACCAUUGGAGGGUUAGUUGGAGCUUCAUGUUUUUCAAUCUUAUUACAACAAUUAUAUACUAAGGUAGGAUAUAAAUGGGCUAUAAGAGUAUUAGCAUUUAUAUGUUUAUUUUGUAUGGGUAUUGCUGUUUUAUUAGUUAAGGAAAGAGCUAAAGAAAAGAAACUGGUAUCAGAUCAAGAAGCUCAUGGUGAUAUUAAUAGUCAAAUAUCGGAUGUAUUCACGCAAGGAAAUGUUUUAAAAACAAGUUUAAAUUUCUUAAAGGGAGCUCUUGAUUUUACCAUAUUAAAAGAUCUGAGAUUUGUAUUAUUAACUUUAGCAGUUUGGUUAGCUGAAUUAAUCUCCAUGUCAAGUUUAACAUAUUUAUCAUCAUAUGCCUUAAAUUUUGGAUUAAGUAAUUCAAAUGCUUAUCUUUUAAUUACUAUUGUUAAUGUGUGUGGUAUUCCUUCACGUUUAGUAUCAGGUAUAUUGGCUGAUAAAUAUGGUAGAUUUAAUGUUAUGAUUGGUACUUCAGUAUUAACUACGAUAGUUAUCUUUGGACUUUGGUUACCUGCCAAAGGAUCAGUAGGAUUAUUAUUUGCAUUUGCAGCAUUAUUUGGUAUUUCGACAUCAGCAGUUAUAUCGUUAAUUCCAGCAUGUACAGGACAAAUCUGUUCAUCAAAUAACUUUGGUAAAGUUUAUGGUACUCUUUAUUUCUUAUUAGGAUUUUUAACGAUGUUAGGGAUGUAUUUUGCAUCAUUGGUUAUAAGUCAUGGAACUUUAAUCAAUUAUAGAAAUUUUGUAUUAUACGAAGGUGCAUUAGCUGUAUCAAGUGGGAUAAUCUGGACUUUAGCACGGUAUAGUGCAAUAGGCUGGAAAUUAGCCAAGUUUUAG